UGUGGCAGCAGGGACUGCCAGCCAGCCAGGUUGGGGGCCAGGGUGGGAGCCGGGGCCUCAGCCCCCCACCCCAGACUCUGUUUGCAGAGCAGCCGCCCCAGAAAGCCGGAGGCCCCCCAGGGCUCCAGGCACGCCCAUCUUCCUUCAGCUAUCUCCAGUCCCUCUUUAAGCCCUCACGGGGCUCCGACUUCCUGGUUCCUUUUCUGACGGCAAAGAAACGCAAGACACCUCCCUGUGAAGAACGAGCAGGCCUUUGCAUAUUUGCUUAAUUGCUUAAUUCAACUGGGAGACCCCAGUUGAAAGCCCCCCCCCACCCCCCAGCCGUUUGGCUGACUGGGUGACGUUAGGCAUCUGUCUCGCAGGGUUGUUGUGAGGAUACGAUGGGGGAAGGAAGAUGGACGAGACAAAAAAACAAUUCAAGCAAAACAAACGGGUGGCGGGAUGCAGCCGCGACCAGGGUGCAGAUGCCCUGCCCUGGUCGCGCUCGGUGGGCACAACCCCUCCCCCUCUGUUCUCCACAGCAUCACUGCCACCGCGGCCAGCAUCGGAGCAGCUGGGAUCCCACAAGCGGGCCUGGUGACCAUGCUGAUCGUACUGACGUCCGUGGGGCUGCCAACCGAGGACAUCACGCUGCUCAUGGCCGUGGACUGGUUCCUGGACCGCCUGAGGACCACCAUCAACGUACUGGGGGACUCGCUCGGAGCCGGCGUGGUGGAGCACUUGUCCCGGCACGAGCUGGAGUCUCACGAUGCAGAGAACAGCAACUCCAUUCUCGAGGAAAACGAGAAGCCGUACCACCUGAUCUACCAAGAGAACGAAAUACACAAGCAUCGCAACAGUGAGACAGCCAUGUGACACCCGUGGAGGGGAGCGCGGGAGCAGAGGGGCUGUGAAAUGUUGAAUGCAGAAAGAGCUGUGUGCAGCCCCCUUCUCCUCCCCCCAUUGGGGGAUCUGUGCCAUCUGACGCCCACCUGGGCCUGUCGCCUACCCAGAUCCAGGCUGCCCGUGGGUGUGGUGGGACUCGGCCUCCUGCCUUCCUGCCCUGCCACCACACACCUGGACGCUUUUCGCCCUCACGCCAAGAAAGCACAUUCCCUAAAGCCCAAAGUACCUAUUGUGGGCAACCAUGUUUCGUUAAAGCCAAAUGUGAGGCCAUUAAAACUUGUGCCAAUAUUUUUUAACUCAUUGGACCCAUUUGUAAACACGCUCCUGAAAAGCACUUGAGGAAGCAGCUGCUGGAGCCAGGGCCAAAUCGGAAAGGAUGUAUAAGGUUAUGCUUAGUUGGUAUGGGGAAAAAAAAGUAUUAUUUAUAAAGACCAUUAAAGUGGAGAAAUUAUA